UGCUCCCAUUCAUUCUGAUUCUCCUGUGCUAGCACUGUGAGCACUAUUAAAUUCGAGGCCAGGCGUCAUUUCCUCUUUGAAAGUUAACCACGUGGUGCAUCACCGUACCCCGGAUGUGCUUGAGCCGAAAGGCUAAAGGGGAACUGGACCACAGUGCGAGAGAAGCUACCGGUAUUUUGUUUUCGAGUCUGCAGGGAUGGAGGUUACAAGGAAAAAUUUUAAAGAGAGCUUAAACACCAUUUACACCGCGAUAGAAGAGGCAGACUUUCUCGCAAUCGAUGGCGAAUUUUCUGGUAUAAGUGACGGACCCUCAGUCAGUGCGUUAACCAAUGGCCUGGAUACCCCAGAAGAGCGAUAUCAUAAGCUGAAAAAGCAUUCCAUGGACUUCCUGCUUUUUCAGUUUGGCCUCUGCACAUUUAAAUAUGAACAGUCAGAAUCAAAGUAUGUUAUGAAGUCUUUCAAUUUUUACAUAUUCCCAAAGCCAUUUAGCAGGAGUUCCCCAGACAUCAAAUUUGUGUGCCAGAGUUCCAGCAUAGAUUUCCUUGCAAGUCAGGGAUUUGAUUUCAACAAAGUGUUUUGCAAUGGUAUCCCCUACCUAAACCAGGAGGAAGAGGGCCAGCUUCGAGAACAGUUGGAGGACAAGCGGUUUCAGUCCAAUGGUGCUCAGUCAUUCAUCUCUCCCAGUUCCUGUAAGGGACCUGUCAGUGUGCCUGAGGAACAUAAGGAUUUCAUUAAUGAAGUGCUUGACAAAGUGGAAGAUCUGUUGAACAAUUCAGAUAAAAGCUUCAAACUGGAGCCUUGCACAGGAUUUCAGAGGAAGCUCAUCUACCAGACAUUAAACUGGAAGUAUCCUAAAGGCCUUCAUGUGGAGACUUUAGAAAAUGAGAAGAAGGAGAGAUACAUUUUGAUCAGUAAGGUGGAUGAUGAAGAGCGAAAAAGAAGAGAGCAAGAGAAGCAGGAAAAAGAACAGGAAGAGCUGAACGAUGCUGUCGGGUUCUCUAGAGUCAUUCAUGCAAUCUCCCAGUCAGCCAAGCUGGUCAUUGGCCAUAACAUGCUACUUGAUGUAAUGCACACCAUACACCAGUUCUACUGCCCUCUUCCAGAGGACUUAAAUGACUUCAAAGAGGUCACUAUGUGUGUCUUUCCUAGGCUGUUGGAUACAAAACUGAUGGCAUCAACACAGCCAUUUAAGGAGCUUAUUUCUAACACAUCACUAGCAGAACUAGAGAGGCAGCUCAAAGAGGCUCCUUUCAAACCUCCAAAAGUUGAGAGUGCUGAUGGCUUUCCACGGUACGACACAGCCAGUGAACAGCUCCAUGAAGCCGGGUAUGAUGCCUACAUCACCGGCCUGUGCUUCAUCUCCAUGGCAAACUACCUAGGGACCUUUCUAACUCCCCCAAGAGACCACAUUUCUGCCAGGUCCAAGCUCAUUGAGCCAUUUUUUAACAAACUUUUUCUAAUGAGAAUUAUUGACAUCCCAUACCUCAAUAUCAGUGGACCUGACUUACAACCCAAGCGGGACAAUGUACUGUAUGUCACCUUCCCCAAAGAGUGGAAGACCAGUGAUCUUUACCAGCUCUUCAGUGCUUUUGGGAAUAUCCAGGUUUUUUGGAUUGAUGAUACAUCUGCUUUUGUGUCCUUGAGUCAGACAGACCAGGUACAAAUUGCUGUGAAUACCAGCCGCUAUGCUGAAAGUUACCGCAUCCAAACGUAUGCAGAAUACAUGGAGAGCAGGCUGGAGGAAAAGCAGAACUGCAGGAGGUUCACUGAGUGUGGCUGGUUGAAGUCUCCAUAUAGCACCUCUGCUGUAGUGUCUGGCUAUGGAUUCAACAGGACCCUCACGGGGAAGCGGAGCUUCAGUCCCAUCCAGGAGGAGCAGAUUCCUGAAGAGACGGAGGGUGUCAUUGGUGGAACCUGGAGCCAUGCUAGUGUCACUCAGGAUAUCAGGAAUAAGAGCAAGAAGAUGAAAACUGAUGCCACAGGUGGGAGCAGAACAGUAGAAGGUGCUGCUGUCCAGGUCCCUGGUUACCCUGUGGGCAGUACUUCUGAAGACAGCUGGCUUACUUCUCAAACACCAGGAGAGAAGAGGAGCAUGAGUCCAAUCCAGGAGGAGCAGUAUUCUGAUGAGGGGGAUGGCUACGCUAGUACCUGGCACCAGGACCGUUCUGCUCAGGGCAAAAAGGGCUGCAAGCACAAGAAAAGGAAAAUUGAAGGACCAGAAUCCUCUUCAUCCUCAGCCCUAUUUGAUGUCCCCCAGGUUUGGUAGGGCGGCCCUCUUGGCUGAUGCUCUUCUCCUGGGCUGGGGAAGUUUCCAUGGGAAACACCUGACCAGCUUUAAAAGCCAUAUGAAUGUCAGCCUUGACGAACGGGUAAAAGCGGAUUCAAGCUCUCUUCCUUCAAAAGAGGAUCACACAGAUGAAUUUGUGCACCUAUUUUUGUUUUCGUUUUUGUGUGUGAUUAAAGUCUUGUAAAUGUUCAGAUGUGACACCCCCCCCCCCCCC